AUGAUAGAUGACAAGAGCAACAAAUCGUUAGCCACAUCCGCCUGUUUUGAUGCCUUUAGGGAGUGUGAAUGUAAUGACAUUCCGAACAAUCGGCAUGAAAUACCGUUUCCUGCAGUGGCUGAUAACUAUACGCAUCUUCAUGACAUUGCACCCUUCAUACCGGAUCUUGAUGACGGUGCUGAAAUUGAACUCCUGAUCGGAAGGGAUCUAGUCACUGCACACCACGUGUUGGAUCAACGCGUUGGAGAAGAGAGACUUCCUUAUGGCCAGAAGUUACCCCUUGGUUGGGUUAUCAUAGGAGAUGUGUGUCUGGGCAAAUUGCAUCAACCAGAUGUGAUAAGUGUAAAUAAGACUUCAAUUCUCAUGAAUGGAAGAUCCACGCAUUUACAGCCCUGUGAAAGUGAAUUCAUUGUGGAAGAGGGGCCUAUCUUUCAACGUAUACCAGGGGAUAAGAAACCAGGGUUAUCGAUAGAAGAUCGUAAGUUCCUACAUAUCAUGGAUGCUGGUUUCCAAAGAACGUCUGAUGGCAAGUGGCAAGCUCCGUUACCCUUUCGCCAUUGUAGACCUGUCUUACCUGACAACAGGUCACUUGCUCUUAGAAGAGCCAGAUCAAUGGACAUUAGCUUGAGAUGUAAUCACCUCAAAUAUGAACAAGUUAAGAAAUUCAUGGAGAGACUACUCAUGAACCAGCUUGCUGAGUUAGCACCUGAGUUACCUAUGUCAGUGGAGCGAUGGUACCUACCUAUGUUUGCAGUGUAUCACCCCAAGAAACCAGACAGUCCUGCUUGGUGUCUUGCUAAGAUUCCGAAGAGAAAAGAAGCAGUCACCAAGGACGUUGAACAGAUGUUUCACAAUUUCAAGGUCCCAGAAGACCAGCGUCGUUACUUACGAUUCCUGUGGCACAUGGACAGUGACUUAGACCAGCCAUUGGUGGACUUUCAGAUGACGGUUCACGUUUUCGGCAAUAGCCCGUCACCGGCCGUGGCAACGUUUGGUCUUAGGAAGGCAGUUGAGGGAUCCACAGAAGAUGUGAGGGAUUUAAUAUGUAACAACUUCUAUGUGGAUGAUGGCCUUUUAUCCUGCGCAACUGAAGAGGAGGCCAUUAGCCUUGUGCAUCGUACCAAGGAAGCACUACAAGAUGGUGUAAACAUUCGACUUCACAAGUUUUGCUCCAAUAGCAGGACAGUGUUAGAUUCAUUUGCCGCAGAAGACCUGGCAAAGAACUUGAAAAACCUUGACUUUAGGUCGAAUACCCCUCCAGUACAACGCAGCUUGGGAUUGUUAUGGAACACUGAGAUGGAUGAAUUUACCUUUAAAGUCAACACAGUAGAAAAAGCAUACACUAGACGAGGCUUGUUGUGUACUAUAAACAGUGAAUAUGACCCGAUUGGCUUUGCCCAGCCUGUCAUCAUCAGAGGCAAGUUACUGUUACGAGAGAUGAUGUCUGUGACGACAAAUACGGACUCGGAUGAACCGUUGCCUGCAUUUCUGCAUGAUGAAUGGUCAUCAUGGGUUGAUUCCCUAAGUCACCUGGAAAGCUUUUGUGUACCGAGGAGUUAUAGCAGUUCCUUUGUCAAUGACACCAGACGUGAAGUGCUUGUGUUCUGUGAUGCAUCGAAGGACAUUAUUGCUGCUGUGGCAUAUCUCAAACUUCAGGAAAAUGAGACGUCAAGCAUCAGUUUCUUGUUUGGAAAAGCCAAAGUUGCCCCCGCAACUAUCCCUCGGCUCGAGCUGUGUGCGGCAGAUUUAGCAACCGAAAUUGCCGAGAUUGUGAGAGAUCGGCUGAACAUCCCACCUCAGGACUUUCAUUUCUUUUCGGACAGUCAGAUAGUACUUGGCUAUAUCUCAAACGAAAGUCGUAGAUUCAAUGUGUACGUUGGAAACAGAGUGGCACGCAUUCGUCUCUUCAGUGUGCCAACCCAAUGGAAGUUUGUUCAAUCUGAACUUAAUCCAGCAGACGUUGCCACCAGGCCUGUACACCCUUCUAUGCUGCAAGAUACAAGCUGGAUAUGUGGACCAACCAGCCCGCUCAGUGCUCCAAUUGAACACUUUGAAUUAGUGAACCCAGAGUGUGAUGUGGAAAUUCGCCCAGUGUUAAUCAGCAACAAGACAGACAUAAUAGAUGUAGCACAGUCAAAUCAUGAGACAAAGCCACCAACUUGUCAGACAGAAGUAUUCUCUGAGAGGUUCACUAGAUUUUACAAGUGGGACAGGCUUAUACGUGCAGUCGCCCGUCUGAAAUUUAUGAUUCGACAGUCUCAGAAAAACAUUGACAACUUACCUGAUAGUCCUAGUGAUUCGGAACUCUUGAAGGAGAGUGAACGUUACAUCAUUGCGUCAGUUCAGAGAGAUGUAUUAAGCAUAGAAUUUCGAUGCAUUGAAAACCGCCUGGACAUUCCACAUUCUAGUACUAUCAGAAUUUUAUGCCCAAAAAUUGGUGCAGAUGGACUGUUACGUGUUGGUGGACGGUUGAACAACGUGUCUGUUGAUGUGCUAAACGAUAACAUGCGCAACCCUAUUAUCCUUCCAAAGAACCAUCAUGUUAUUUAUCUCAUCAUACGUCAUUUACAUCAGAAGUUCCUGUCAGAUUCCCGGAUUGUGUGGAAAUUCAACCCUCCUCACGCUCCACACAUGGGAGGAGCAUGGGAGAGACUCAUCGGUGUUUCAAAAAGAGUUUUGAAUGCCAUGUUACUUGAUCACCAGCAAAGAGACAUCACACAUGAUGUACUGACCACAUUGAUGGCAGAAGUGUGUGCUAUUGUUAACAAUGUUUCUAGUGAUCCGGAAGCACCUACUCGACUUACCCCGUCGGUGCUGUUGACAAUGAAGACAAAACAUGAUGUUAAACCUUUCCCUUCAUUUGGUUCCAAGGAUGCCUUAAAAUCUACCUGGAAACGUGUGCAAGUGAUGGCAGAUGAAUUCUGGCAUAGAUGGAAAACUGAGUACCUCCAUAACCUACAAUAUCGCAGGAAGUGGCAGGGCCAUGCUGUGGAUUUGAAAUACGGAGACUUAGUUCUAUUGAUUGAAGAUGAUUCCCCGCGAAACGAGUGGCCCACUGGUAUCAUACAAAGAACAUUCUCUAGCCAAGACGGAAAGGUCCGCAAAGCUGAAGUUGCAGUUUUUAAGGACAAUAAACGUGUUACUUAUGUGAGACCAGUCACCCGACUCAUAACCCUUUUGGAGACUGAUUGA